AUGGCGUCGGCGGCCAAUUCUUACCAACCCGACGACGAUGACGACUACAUCCAGGUAAUGGAGGUCUACCCCUCUCAGAACCACUAUGGCGUCGUCAACCCAUACUACUACUCAGAUUACUACGACAAUUUGAACUCGUCGUUGAGCCUGGACUACAAAAACCCUUACAGCGUUGAUACGUCUGCUAAAAUAAUCUUAAGCAUCAGCUACACUCUUAUGAUACUGAUAUGUGGAACCGGGAACCUUUUGUUGUGUGGUGUCAUCUACCGUUUUAAGCGGAUGAGAACCGUUACGAAUUUGCUGAUAGGAAACUUGGCGCUCUCGGAUUUCUUGGUGGCCGCCGUGGUGGCGCCCUUUAACUUUUAUUACUAUCUGCAUCAGACAUGGCCGUUUGGCCGAGCUAUGUGUGUGAUUGUGGGUUAUCUCAAGGCGGUCUCGCUUUACGUCUCCGUUAAUUCCCUACUCAUCAUUGCCAUUGACAGGUAA